AACAGCACGACCAGAGACAUCGAAGUGCUUGACAUACAACCAUGCUCAAGCCAAGGAGACUACCCUGCGUAAGGCAGUUCUCUGCUGCCCGAAUUGUCUGCAACACAGCAGAAAGCCCGGCUCGAUCAGAGGCCACAAGUCCAACGUCGACCACUCGUGGCCGAAGCGAGAUGCCCUUAUCCAGAAAUGCUGCAUCACACUCGCAUAGAAAGGCCUUUGUUCAGUGGGUGAAUGGACCUGGCAAGAUCCAUGCCUCGCCAGCAGAAGGACGAGGCCGCACAAACUAUUUGGAUGGCAAGACACACCCUUUCCCACUCAACCCUGCUUUCCAACCGAGUCCGCCGCUUGCGCGGUCCAUCAAGCAGGACAUUAUUCAAGAUUGGAAGACUGGUAUCGGCUUGCGGCAGCUGAGCACGAAAUGGGGAGUCUCGCUGGAACGUAUCGAUGCGAUCCUCAAGCUUCAAGCCGUUAGGGAAAAAUGGGACACUCAGGGUCGACGCACGAUGCAAUCCUAUGCAGACACCAUGGACCAGGUUCUUGGCACAAAGUCAGCCGAAUUCGGUGACUAUGAACCAAAGCACAACCUUACAAUUGACCCAGGCAGACAAAUUUUCACCUUGAUUCCUGAAGCUGCGAGUUAUACACCUGAAGAUGCUGCAGAGGAGCUCGGCAAGAUUCCAUUCGGCAAGCGUCAAGAGAACUUCAGGACCGGUGGACGUUCAAGAUUCGAGAUACAACAGGCAAGGAAGGGACCGUUCUUCGCAAACAGGACGGAAGUCUCGUGAAGCACCAGAAUCUGAGUCGCAAAGCAGCAAACAAGUGGACCAUGUCAGUCUA